ACAGAUUUCUGGAGGGAAGGGACAAAAGUGAGAUGGGCUCUUGGCACAUCAGGGAUGUGAUUUGUCACCACCAGCAUCUGGCAGGGGGAUUUCACCUGCAGACGCUUUUCCUCCUGGUCACAAAGUCCAAGGUCUCUUUUGGCCAGGGCAGAGGCUGUGCUGGUGCAAGGUGCUGGUGGGAUGCCUCCACUGCUUUUAGUUCUUCUCAAAACUGCUGGGUUUAUCCAUGUGCCUCAAAGAACCACAAACUACUGAUGCCUUUCCUCUCCUGUUUCUGGUCACAGCUCACCUUGGCCAGAUCCAGCUCCUUGGACGACUCCUCCAAGCCACAAAGGCACCUUGUUGCUAUAUUGAAAGAAGAUAAAGAGACGUUUGGGUUUGAAAUACAGACUAUUAGGUUUCCACACCAAAAUGAUUUCUCCCUGGAGGUGUGCACCUGUGUCUGCAGAAUCCAAGAGGAAAGCCCUGCCCAUCUCUCUGGCCUCCAGGCUGGUGACAUCCUCACCAGCAUCAACGGCGUCAGCACCGAGGGCUUUGGGCACAAACAAAUCGUGGACUUGAUAAAGUCUUCAGGGAACUAUCUGAGGUUAGAGACCAUCAACGGGGCCUUGUUCCUGAGGAAAAUGGAGCUGGAGAGCAGGCUGCAGGCUCUCAAGCAGGCGCUGCAGCAGCGGUGGGGAGAGCUGCGGGUGCUGCUGGCCCGGGAGAGGCUCCUGCUGCACGGGGAGGAGACUGACACCGCUCUGCUGGGCGAGCUGGAGCCGGAGGAACCCAGCAGCUCCCCGGGACCCUUCUUCCCAGCCAAGCCCCGCUUCUCCAGCGAGAGCAGCUCCCGCAGCCGCCUGAGCUCCAUGACGGUGGGCAGCCAGGACAGCUUCCAGCAGAUCUGCGAGGACUGUGGGGCCGGGAGCCUGAGCCGGCAGUCCAGCACGGAUGAGGAUUGUGUGUUCCCCGGGGAUGCGGCCGGAGCUGCUGCCAGGAGCUCCCUGCGCAGGAACCGCAGCAUCAGCCUGGCCAGCAGCGGCUCCGCGCCCCCGCUCCGGCUCAGCAGCAGCUGCUCCAGCAGCUUCGGGACCCUCCCGAGGAAGAGCAGGAGAGCCAGCGUUCGCAAGCAUCUUCUGAAAUUCAUCCCAGGCUUCCACCGGGCAGUGGAAGAGGAGGAAAGCCGGGUGUGACGCCGCCCGUGUCCCCGGGGCACGCCCCAGACCACAGCGCUGAUGAGGCUCGCACGGCUCGGGGCUUUUAAUUAUUUUCAUUUUUAAUCAGAGCACGCUGCGGACCUCCUCAUUAACGUGAAAAUGAGCGACUCCAAAAUGUGAAGAACCUUUGCAGAACUUCCUCGGCGAACUUUACUGUUAAUAACAGUUUUUAAUUGAAUGCGAAAUUGAUAGCUAUUUAUUUCCUGUUACCGGAGUCAGUGUUUUCCAAAGGUCUUUAAUAAAAUGAGAGCUUGUGCUGAA